AAACAGAGGAGCAGUAGGGGGAGAGACGAUCAUCGGACCUGGGUUCAACCUGGCCKCCUUUAUUCUUCUGUUUUCCUGUUUUUUGUGAGCGAACGGUCCUUUAGACCAUAAGAAUAUUUCUUUCCAACUUCAGCUACAGUGAUAGCUAAGUUUGGAAGGGAGGAAAAUUAGAAAAAAACGAUUUUUUUGUUUGUUUUUUUCCUUAUAUUUUCUGCCGAAGCUUGAAUGCAGAGGGGCUGACCUUUGAAAACAAGGAGAAAUUUAAAAACCCUCCAAGUUUUUUUCUCUACAACUUUAAAAAUGGAUAAUACUGCACCGAAGAAGACCUGCUGCGAAUCCUUCCAGGAUUUCUUCACUUCAGCUAAAUUUCUUAUUUACAUGGGACAUGCACUGUCAACAUGGGGGGACCGGAUGUGGAACUUCGCCGUGGCGGUCUUCCUGGUGGAGCUGUACGGGGACAGCCUGCUCCUCACGGCGGUGUACGGGCUGGUGGUGGCCGGCUCCGUGCUCCUGCUGGGCGCCAUCAUCGGCAACUGGGUGGACAGGAACCCCAGACUGAAAGUGGCCCAGACGUCGCUGCUGGUCCAGAACAGCUGCGUGAUCGUGUGCGGCGUGCUCCUCAUGCUCGUUUUCCACUUCAAAGAGCAGCUCUCGGUGCUCUACAAUGGAUGGAUUCUGACGGUCUGCUACAUUCUGGUCAUCACCAUAGCCAACAUCGCCAACCUGGCGAGCACGGCGACCUCCAUCACCAUCCAGCGGGACUGGGUGGUGGUGGUGGCGGGUCAGGACAGCAGCAGUCUGGCAGACAUGAACGCCACGGUGCGGAUCAUCGACCAGCUGACCAACAUCCUGGCUCCGCUGCUGGUGGGUCAGAUCAUGGACUUCGGCUCGCACUUCGUCGGCUGUGGCUUCAUCUCCGGCUGGAACCUGUGCUCCAUGUGCGUGGAGUACGCUCUGCUGUGGAAGGUGUACCAGAAGACGCCGGCUCUGGCCGUGAAGGCCGGACAGAAGGAGCAGCACGAGCUCAAACAGCUGAGCCCACAGAAAGAUCCUGAGGGCAGUCAGAGUCCCGAGGAGUCGUCUCAGCCUCUGAUGAACGAGGCGGCGGUGGUGGUGGUGAAGUCCCUGGACUCGUCCAAGCCUCGCGGCUGCUGCCAGCAGGUGUUGGAGCCGCUGCAGACCCUCAAGUCCGGCUGGGUGUCCUACUACCAGCAGGACAUCUUCUUGGCGGGCAUGUCCCUGGCCUUCCUCUACAUGACGGUGCUGGGCUUCGACUGCAUCACCACGGGCUACGCGUACACUCAGGGCCUCAACGGCUCCGUGCUCAGCCUGCUGAUGGGCGCCUCCGCCGUCUCGGGGAUCUGCGGCACCGUGGCCUUCACCUGGGUCCGCAAGAAGUGCGGCCUGAUCCGAACGGGCUUCAUCUCGGGCGUGGUCCAGCUGUCCUGCCUCACCAUGUGCGUCUUCUCCGUCUUCGCUCCCGGGAGCCCCUUCGACCUCACCGUCUCGCCCUUCCAGGACCUUUACACCCACCUGGUGGGAGGCCAGAGCCUGCCCGAGGCGGACCACGUCCUCACCGGGGUGAACGCCACCACCACGGCGCCGCCGCCGGCCCAGGAGCUGCCUCCUCUGCAGUCCUACAUGUCGGUCAGCAUGCUGUUUGCUGGCGUCAUCGCUGCCAGAGUCGGUCUGUGGUCCUUCGACCUGACCGUGACCCAGCUCAUCCAGGAGAACGUCAUCGAGUCGGAGCGCGGCGUGAUCAAYGGCGUCCAGAACUCCUUGAACUACCUCUUAGACCUGCUGCACUUCAUCAUGGUGAUCCUGGCCCCCAACCCGGAGGCCUUCGGCCUGCUGGUCCUCAUCUCCGUGUCCUUCGUGGCCAUGGGUCACAUGAUGUACUUCCGUUUCGCCUUCAAGAGCCUGGGCAGCCGCCUGUUCCUCUGCUGCUCGCCGGAGCAGAAGGUGGAGGAGGAGGGCGGCCCCUCGCUCCCCACCACCGUCUAACGCCGUUAAAGAGACUGUUCUGUUCCAGGUACAAGCCCGSCCGGCCUGACCCUGUAUCUUAUGCCCCUUUUCCACUAGUACCAGUUCACGCUUUUCCAUUAGGCCAGUUUCAUGRAACCAGCCCUUUAUUUAGUGCCUACUUCAUUGUGGUUCCAAGCUGCUCGCACGACUCGCAACGAAACAGUGUUCAAAGAGUUGUCGGAGCUGAUGGCCACUCGUGGCUACGAGAGAACCCCGAAGCAGUGUCGGGACAAACUGAAARGGUUGAAGUGCGAUUACGGCACGAUUGAGGACCACAAUGGAAGGAGCGGUUCAAACYGGUUCAAACCCACUGCUACGYUUAAUGGUUGCCUACAAACAUCAUUACAAUCACCUUCAGGCAAAUACGUGAUGACAAUUUUCGGACUGUGGAAAUGUCCAAAACACACCCACUGGAACCGGACUGGAACGUCAAUGGAAAAGCACCCGAUUUGACCCAUUCCGACACUGACCGUACCAACACUGACCGUACCAACACAGACCGUACCGACACAGACUGUUCCGACACAGAUGUACCUACACUGACCGUUCCGACAUAGACCGUACCGACACUGACCGUUCCGACACAGACGUAUCUACACUGACCGUUCCGACAUAGACUGUACCGACACUGACCGUUCCGACACAGACGUAUCUACACUGACCGUUCCGAUGUAGACCGUUCUGACACAGACGUACCGACACAGAUGUACCUACACUGACCGUUCCGACAUAGACGUAUCUACACAGACCGUACCGACACCGACUGAUCCGACACAGAUUGUUCCGACAUAGAUGUACCUACACUAGGGUUGGGCAUAAUCGUAUCGUGUGCAAUUAAUCGUCAGAAAAACGAUUAUUUUUUGGCACUUGACGAUUAAUACGAUUUAUGCCACCCGGCAGACRGACUGGAGAUUUCAGUCCACUCGGUGCUCCUCUCCACUUCAAAUGUGAUGAAAAAUUUUUUUAAAAGGUGUGUAAUUUAUUUAUCMAUCAACAAAAUUUAAMAUUUGAUAUAUAGCCUGAAGUCUGUAAUUUUGACACAAUUCGGAACAGGUUUGUAUGAAGAGCAAAUCUUUCCCACUUAAUUGGUCAUGUGACUAUGGCAUGAGGGUGUCCAGGAACUCCAGGRGAUUAAUCGUCAAAUUAAUCGUUAUCGGCUAAAUACCACAAUUAAUCGUGAUUAAUUUUUUUGCCAAUAUUGCCCAACCCUAACACUGACCGUUCCGACACAGACUGUUCAACACAGAUGUACCGACACUGACCGUACAGACACAGAUGUACCGACACUGACCGUACCGACACAGACUGUACCGACACUGACCGUACCGACACAGACUGUUCCGACACAGAUGUACCGACACAGACUGUUCCAACACAGAUGUACCGACACUGACCGUACCGACACAGAUGUACCGACACUGACCGUACCGACACAGAUGUACGACACUGACCGUACCGACACAGACUCUGACCGUACCGACACAGACCGUUCCGACACAGACCGUACCGACACAGACUGUGACUGUUCCGACACAGACCGUACCGACACAGACCGUACCGACACAGACCGUUCCGACACAGACCGUACCGACACAGAUCGUUCCGACACUGACCGUACCGACACAGACCGUUCUGACACUGACCGUACCAACACAGACCGUUCCGACCCUCACCGUACCGACACAGACUGUUCCAACACAGAUGUACCGACACAGACUGUACCGACACUACACUAGGGGGCAAUAGUGGAAAAGGGGCGUUAUUUACCCAACUAACACCGCAGCUUCGUAGGAUCCUGAUGCUAACCACUGCUAGCCUACUAGCUUGUAGCAGAAACCUGGUAGUGUAAUUUUAGAAGGCGGGGCUUUGCUCAUUAACACGCGUAGUCUCACCGUAUCAUCUUCUCCCGUUAGCCCCGGUCGAGCCGGAGGGCGCUCUGGCGUACGGGCGGGUCAAACGGUGGAGAAGUMAGGGAACGGGUGGCCGAGGCUGGUGUGGGCGGCUUGUUGUUUUUAACCAAACACACAACGAGUCUCUUUAACGGUGAUGAGGGUUACAUUAAUUCUAUUUAUUCUCAGACGGUGUUUUGUUUUUGUACRGACUCAGCAGUAUUGUGUCUUCUUCUUGUGCCAUAAGAAACAAACCCUCUGGAGGCCACGGUGGCAACGCUCAGUUACCAAAGCCCACCUGCGCCGAGGCUCCAGAGGAAGUGAGGGAACCGGUUCUGUUCGCAGCAUUCCAGGACGUUCAAACAACCCAACCCUCUUUACUCUGUGAUUUCUUUCAGUGAUUUUUACUUCUCUUCCUGUCGUGAUUGUCGUUACUCAGGCACUUUAAAGCGAUCGGUCAUUGCUCACAGAUAAUGCGUGAUCAGGCACWAGAGUUCAAUAGUUUUGCACAUCAACCCCCCUCCUCGCCCGCCUGUCUCGCUCACGUGACAGGUUUGUGGUUUCAAACGAGGCACAAAAUGCUCAGCAUCACGUGUUCAGGUGGGGGUCGCUUUACUUUGGAAAAACUCGUUUCCUCAAACGAAGCCCAGCCAACGUCUAAGUCAGCAAAAAAAACAAAGAAACCUUGAACAGACGAUGGUUGAGUCUGUGUUGCUUUAAAAAUGUAGAUUUUUAGGGAUUUGGAGUCAAAACUCGGUGCUACAGUCAGACUUCUGUAAUCGUUAAAGUCCAUCAAACCGAGCUGCUUUCACCGCCUCAAACGGUUGUUUUUACUCAUUUAACUGGAGCCUUGUUUUGCCCGUUUGACUCGUGGUUCAGAGUCGAAAAGCUUCAACAAACAAACAAAAAAAAUCCAUCUAUUGAUUAAAACCACUYUAAAAGAUUACAGUCUGACUUCUCGAAGUGAAAACAAAAAGACUUCAGCGAACUUUAGCACAGUUUGUGGCUCGUUUCUUGACAUUUAAAUUAAAAUGUUAAAGUUUUAAUGGAAGCUGCAGACCAGGUUAAAGAUGAUGUUUUGUUUUUAAGUUCAGGAACCUGCUGGUCGACGCAUUAAAAGAGUUCAGGAACACGAUGGUAAACUUUGUUUUAAAUGUAGAAAUCCAUCUUUAAUGCAGAAAAUAAAUGAAUAAAUGUACUGUAAUGUUGUUCGUUUUGAAAAUAUUUUAAGUGUUUUUGUAUCAAGUUUGAGAUUUUAUUGGAAAUUUCUGCCUUUUAUCUGAAUAUACCUGCUUUAAUCUUUAAAUGCGUGUGUGUGUGUGUGCGUGUGUGAACAUACAGUAUUGUAGUUUCCGUAGGCAGAGGCUUUAAAUCACGCUGCUUUUUGUGUAGAAAUCACACUCCAGUAGAAUUGAGGAUGUUGUAAAUGCUUCUGUUGUGUGUAAUUUUUGAAUUAAAAAGAAUUUGCAACAAC